AAAGGAGCUUCAGUGUCUCGGAGAUACUGCGAAUUGCUGCCCAAGUGGCUGACUGGCAGUCUGACUAUCACUGCUGUGACAGAAGAACUGGGGUCGUCCGGGAAGGAUGACACGAACUGGCCUAUCGAGUGUAGGAGUGGGGCUAUGAAAGAGAAGGUUUCCGUGACAGAACGAUGAACAUGCGAAUUUGCUGUGUUUGGGACAAGAGAAUAGUGACAAUUAAAUACACAGGUUUUCGAGAUCGGCCUCAUGAAGAACGACAAGCACGUUUCCAGAAUGCUUGCAGGGAUGGACGCUCCGAAAUAGCAUUUGUUGCUACGGGUACCAACCUAUCACUGCAGUUCUUUCCAGCAAACUGGCAGGGGGAACCACGGCAAGCACCCACCCGUGAAUAUGUGGACUUUGAACGGGAGCCUGGGAAGGUUCAUUUGAAAGCUCCAAUGAUUCUGAAUGGUGUCUGUGUCCUGUGGAAAGGAUGGAUUGAUCUUCAGCGACUGGAUGGGAUGGGCUGCCUUGAAUUUGAUGAUGAUAGAGCACAGCACGAAGAUGCUUUGGCCCAGCAGGCCUUUGAAGAGGCUCGAAGGAGAACACGUGAGUUUGAAGACAGGGACCGCUCUCACCGGGAGGAAAUGGAGGUGAGAGUUUUACGACCACGCUGCCCAUAACUGGCUCGGCGACAGCAGGAUCCCAGUUCUGGUCUGGGUGGCGGGGAUGACCUAAAGCUGCGUUAAGCCUGUGUCUCCAUGCUCACUGUACCACCUGAUAAACAAGGAGAGUAGGACUAUUUCAUUUGCAGCCCCCUUGCCUUUGGUUCACUGUGGACCUUUAUGCCUUUUGCCCCAUUUCUGUAAGCAUGCUGCUUGUGCUUUUUACAAACGGUUCACAUAGACCUCUUGGUGCACUAUGUGUGCAACAGUAGGUCAUGAUUUAAAGUUUACUAUAUAAAUUAGGUCAACUUUUUUAAUAUUGUUUUUCCUGUUCUGCGUGUUGCUUUAAGCUGAUGGGAGUUACUCUGGAUAUCCCUGGAAGAUGUAUAGUUUAAAUGAUUGGUGUCAGGUUACACAGAAAUGCACUGCACAAUUUAAAAUGAGAAGCUUUGGAUCCCCACGUGAUAUUAUUACAGUAUUACAGUUACAGAGCAAUCUACACCCAUUUUUAUACAGAAAAAUCGGACUUACCGUAACUGGAUGUCUUUUGUGAAAUUUUAUCUUCAAGUUAUUGUUGCUUUCUGUUAUGUGCUUUUAUUUUCUAUUUAAUAGAUCAGUCUGAGAUUAAUUUUUUUAUUAAGUCUUGAGCAGUUAUAAGCACACUAAAAAUACACUUUCAUAGGCUAGUAGUUUGAUAUUAUUGUUUAAACACCCUUUUAUUAUCUGUCACCAUGUCAAAACAGGAACAUUAUAAAAGUGUACUGGUGGAAAUAACUUUAUAUUCAGAAUAAUAUUACAAAACCAAAACUAUUAACAUCCAAUCAUGAGUGCAAGGUAUAUUCUCUAUGAAAUAGUUAUAAUGCCCAUUUUUUCUUACCUCUAAGUGAAAGAGAUGGAUAGAUGUAGGUCCUUUCGUCAGGAAUUUAUUUAUUUAAAAAAAAAGUUGGGAAAAAAGCAUAUACCUGAAUAUAAAUAAAAUUCUCUCUCCCUUUCUCGCUCACUCUCUUUUGUAUAGUUUUUUUGAAAAAUUGGGGACAUGUAGGGGCAGAUUUAUCAAAAUGAGAGUUUAGAGAUUAAAAUAUAAAAAACUCACCCACUUAUAUUCAUUCCUAUUGGAUUUUUAAAAGCGUAUUUAUCAAAUGGCACGAUCAAACUUUCACCUAUUGAAAAAUAUGCUUCUGAAAAAGGUAUGAAUCGAAAGUGGGUGAGUUUUUUACCUAUUAAUCUCUAAACUCUCAUUUUGAUAAAUCUGCCAUUUAGUGUGGGGAAAAUGGCAACAAUUUUGUAAAAGCUCUCUACCACCCCUGCAGGUCAAGCAGUGUGUUACAUAUAACAUCCCUAUAAGAUGUUUUACAUUAACAUAAAAAUCAAGCGCCUAAAGUUUUAAAAGUGUAAUGAGUUUAUAUAACUUACAGAUGUGAAUAAUGUUAGAACUCUAAGCUGUAUUAUUCUGAAGUUACUUUUCCCAGUACUAUAUUAGUGUUGCUAUUCUUUAGAAAUAAAAAUCCAAAUACAUACUAUGCAUUGUUUGAUGUUAAGCCUUACUUAUAUAACAUUUACUCUUGUAAGUGAUUUAUUUUGUCACUGUGGGAACUGUAUCAUUCAGAUACAGAACUGUUACCUGGUUUUAAUAAAGUACUGCUAUUGCAUAAAUAGCUGGUUUACAA